AUGCCUAGCGCGAGAGCUAAUGCGGAAUUUGAGGCGCCGGAUGUACUGGAUCUUGAGCUGCAGCAAGACGUGGUCAAGGCAAUGCGAGGCAUGCUCAGCAGUUUUGGCGACAAUUCCUCUAUCUUCUCCAAGGCGGAGCCGAGCACGGUUCCCGUUUUAGGGGCCGUGAUGUACCACUGGCGAAAUGAUGUGGGAGGGCGGGUGUGUCCGUAUGCAGAAGCGGGGGCGCAGCCGCACAGAAAGCAACAACUUUGGUCUGCUCAGAAGAGGAACAGAAAUCACCUACGUGAUGAAGGAGGGGCAUUGAUCAUCGACCGCUUGCAAACGUACACGGGGUUCAAGCUCGUUUUCUGCAACGAAAAGUGGUUUUGUUAUGACGGAUCGGUUUGGGCGGUGGACGUAAACGGACGGCUUGCGAGCCAGAUCUGCCGCGGAGAGCUCAAUAAGAUCAGUAAGGCGUAUAAGAUGGAGAUGGAAACAAAAAAGCAGGAGAAGAAGAAGAUUGCGUCGGAUGCCGAUGGCAAGAGUUCGCAAGCGGAGGAGGAGAAGAAAUCUACAAAGGAGAAGCUUGCAAACUUGAACUUCAACGCCAAGAUGAGCCAGAUUAUGACAACACUAAAAGGUUAUUGCUUGGAGCCGGCAUGUGAAGAAGCGUUGAAUACCAACAGGGAUGCGCUUCCUCUUCAAAACGGCGUCGUACUGCUAAAGAGCGGUAUUCUGGUGCCACACCAUCCGAAGUAUCUAUGGUCUUUCAAGCUCCCCGUCUGGUGGCCGUCGACCGGGCUUGCUACGCCGUUGGGCAGAACAGGAGAGUUUCUUCGUCAGAUCACGCACACUCCGGAGGCACUUGCUUAUCUCCAGCGCAUUCUUGGGUACGGCAUCACGGGGCACACGUCAAACCAGGUCAUUUUGACGAUGAUCGGCGAGGGCGGAGCGGGAAAGAGCCUUUUAUUGACUAUGCUGAAGCGAGUGAUUGGCCCGUUCUACAAGGACGUCUCGAAGGACAUGCUUACGGAAGAUACGGAUGAGUUUUCAGAGGCCAACGUGAAGCGGCUGACCGGAGAGGCAACUAUCACGAGUAGAGCGCUCUACUCGGAUUACGUCACGUUUGCCACUACUCAGCUGCACAUUCUCUGCUCCAACUACCCUCCCCGGGUGAAGACCUGGACGAUAGCGCUCAAGCAACGCCUCUUGACGCUUGUAUUUCCAAUGCGCUUUUUCUAUCCGGAUGAAGCGGGCUACAAUCCGGACAACCCACUUCAUGGCAUCCGGGACCUUGCAUUGGAAGACGUCUUGAAGGCCGAGCCCGAAAAGCUAUUGGUAUUUCUGGUGCAAGGCGCCAUGGACUGGUACGCAAGUGGGAAGAGGCUUCUUGACAUGCUCGAAAGCAGCAAGGCGUACAUGCACUCAUGGGAGCAGGAAAAUGAUCCGUUCGCGGCCUUCCUUCAGGAGGAAGGCAGGAUGAACAUCAAGGCUUUCGAAUCCACGCGCACUCUCAUGGACGCGUAUAACAACCCGGAUCGGAGGUCGGAGGUCGUGAGCGAGACCAUGAAGAACGACGAGAUUCCGUUGCAAGGCAUCCACGUGUUGGUGGCCGAGGAUACGCGACGCAUCAGCAAGAUCCUGGAGCGAUUCCUGCUCAAGGAGGGAGCCAGAGCCACGAUGUCGGAAGACGGAAAGGUGGCUUUGGAUAUCUACUGCGAACGGCCUUUCGAUUACGAUAUAAUACUCAUGAACUUGCAGAUACCCCGCUUGGACGGUUAUGAGGCUACGAGGCAGAUCCGUCAGCUGGAAGCGGAAGGAGCAUUGCCGGGCCGCAUUCCUAUAGUUGCGUUAAACGCACACGCCAUGGAGAACGAUGCGAUCAAGUGUCGCGAGGUGGAGAUGAACUGUUACUGUCGGAAGCCAAUAGAUAAACAGACCAUGUUGUCCACCAUCCUCAGCCUCGCAUGA